AUGGGAAGUGCUUUGACAAAAUAUCAUUCAAGGAAACAUUCAAUUUAUAUUAAUAGAUUUAAAGAAAAUCCUUUUGCUACUAGUGAUACAAAUUUAAAUAAUAUGGAAAAUAAGAAAAGUUGUUUGUCAAAAAAUAUUACUAUUGUGUUACUUAUAAUUGCACUUUUGUUUUUUAUUUUAACAAUUGUGUUAGCAACUUUAUUUGGCUUGAUUAUUACUAAAAAAAUUUCAUUGUUUGAUGAUGAAAAUAUUGUUUCUAAUGGUAAAGAUAAUAUAUUAGAAAUUGAUAAUAAUAUUGUAUGGCCAUCACCUUCUGGAAGUUUAUAUGGAAAUUUUUCAAAAGCUGCAGUUAGUACUGAUAAUGGUUUAUGUUCAGAAAUUGGAAGAGAUAUCUUAAAACGUGGUGGUAAUGCUAUUGAUUCUAUAAUAGCUUCAUUAAUAUGUAUUGGUACUGUUAAUCCACAAUCUUCAGGUCUUGGUGGUGGUUUAUUAAUGACUUUUUAUAAUCAAACAAGUAAAAAGUGUAUUACAAUUGAUGCUAGAGAAACUGCUCCAAUGGCUGCUAGAUCAGAUAUGUAUGUUAAUGAUACAUUAAAAUCAUUAAAUGGAUAUUCAUCAAUUGCAGUUCCUGGUGAACUUCAUGGUUUAUGGACUGCAUUUACAAAAUAUGGUAGUGGAAAAAUAAAGUGGGCAGAACUUUUUCAAGAUUCUAUUAAAUUGGCUAAAGAAGGAUUUCCUGUGACAAAACAUAUGGUUGAUUCAAUAUUAAUUCGUAAAGAUAUAAUAGAAAAAGAUGAAGGAAUUAAAAAGAUUUUUACUAAUAAAAAAACUGGAAAAUGGUACAAAGAAGGUGAUAUAAUAAAACGUGAAAUAUUUGCUGCUACACUUGAAAACUUGGCUAAUUCAGAAAAUCCAAUAAAUUUAUUUUAUAAAGAAGGUAUUGCUCAAACAAUAGCAGAAGAAAUAAAAAGUAAUAAUGGAAUUAUUACUCUUGAAGAUUUAAUGAAAUAUGAAACAAAAAUUUAUGAAGAACCUAUUGAAAUUGAUGGUUUACCAGAAGAUUUAAUUAUGUGUGGUCCAAAACCACCAUCAUCUUUUGUCAUAAUGCAAAUAAUUGUCAAGACAAUGAGUUAUUUUUAUCAAAAUACAACUAACCACAAAUUGAAUGAUCCAUUAUUUUAUCAUCGUUUAAUUGAAACAAUGAAAUUUGCCUAUGCGCAAAGAUCUCAAUUAGGAGAUACUGAUUUUGUUAAAAAUAUUACACAAUUUAUACAACAUAUGUCUUCAAAUGAUUAUUCUAUUGACAUAGGACAAAAAAUUAAAGAUAAAGCUCAACCUUUAGAGUAUUAUACUGAUUCUAUAAAAUAUUUUCCAUCAGAUCAUGGAACAUCUCAGGUUGUUGCAAUUGAUAUUGAUGGAAAUGCAGUAUCAUGUACCUCAACAAUUAAUCGUCAUUUUGGAUCUGGUAGAAUGUCAUCAUCAUUAGGAAUUUUUUAUAAUGAUGAAAUGGAUGAUUUUAGUACACCAAAUUUAAUUAAUAGUUUUGGUUUUAGACCAUCAAAAGCAAAUUUCAUUGAACCAGGAAAAAGACCUAUGACAUCAAUGUCUCCAACAAUUAUAUAUAAUAAAAAUAAUGGUAAAGUUAAAAUGGUUAUUGGAUCAGCUGGUGGUAGUUUUAUCAUAUCUGCAAUAGCACAAAUUAUAACAAGAAAUUUAUUUUUUAAUCAAACUAUUAAAGAAGCUAAUGAUAUGGUAAGAAUUCAUAAUCAAUUUUUACCUGAUGUAACAGAGUAUGAAGAAGGUUUUCCAAAACAAUUAGUUGAUAUUUUAACUAAUAAAUAUGAUCAAAAAAUGAAACAAGUUAAAAAACAGGCAAGUAGUGUUCAAAUAUUAGAAACUUUAAAAGAUGGAACAAUCGUUGGAAAUAGUGAUUGGAGAAAAACUAUAAACGUUUAUCCAGCAGGAUUUUAA